GACUGGCCAUUCCAGGGCUGCUUGUGAGCUCUUGCUGCUACGGCAGCCCCUCCUGCUGUCUCGUGAAGCGGGGAGGAGGAGAAUUCCUUCUCCCCACCGCCACCUUUUCCCGCCAGACCUGGCGGCUGAGGAGGAGGAAGGGGGGCGGCAGGUUCGGGCCGUCGUCGACUGAGUAGAGAACGGGAAGCAUAUAGGAGAGUCGACGGAGAGACCAGAAUUGGGUUGUGUUAAGACCAUAGAAGGCUGUGUGAGGAGGAGAGUUGAAGCGGGAAGGGAGGGCACGCAAGGAUUUGGGGUGGAGCAGAAAAUAUUCCUUUUAAAAAGCGGGGGGGGGGACGACAGGAGGUAGGAAGAAGCAUUGAGGUAAACGGGUUGUUGAGGGACUCUCGCGCUAGUUUUGUUGCAUGCGUGUUGUUGUCCUCCGCUCCUCUCCCAAGCAAACUUCUGUGUUGUAAAACUGAAACCAGGUGCUGCUGGGUCUGUGCAGUUACUUGCUGCUUGGAAGGGAACAGGAGCCUGCGGUCUUUUGCUCCUCGCGCUCUCCCGGUCUGCCUGGGACUUAGCCUGUAGGUCUCUUUUUCUCUCCUUUCCUAGAUCCCUCUCCCGCCCCGCCAUCGGGAAUGAUGAGGGGGAAUGGCAGGAACACGUGAAGACGAGGGGGGAAAGCGCCCGGGAGUUCUAGCUGGUGGGGGCGAAAGAGUCUGGCUGGUUUGGCAGCGUGUCUGCUGAGUAGUAGGAGAGGACAAGGUGGUGUCUUUUUUUUCCCCUUCCCAAAGGGGGCUCUUCCCCCCCGACCCCCCUUUUCCUCGGUUUGUUGGCCAUCUAUCCCGCCCCCCCCCCCCCCCGAAGCUGACAGGUGCUCUUCUGACUUCUCGCACCGUUUCCUCCUUCCCUAGCCUUUUCCCUUCCCACUCCCUUUCCCCCCUUUCUUCCCCGGGACUGCCGCGUCCUUGGGAAGCUGCUCUAAAUCCAGAUUAUGCUUUGAACUAGGCGAAAGGAAAAACCCUGGAGGCGCAGGCAAAAAGGACUGCCGAGGGGGGCGAAAAAGUUUUGCAUGGGAUUAUGUGGGGACUACCCUGCUCUUCUGUGGUGCCCGAGCACGAGCAGGCUCAGUGCGGCUUUCUCCCCGGCGGCACAGCCUUCGCGGGGUGGUGGCGGUGGUGAAAAGGACUCGGACAAGGACUUGAGCUGCAAGUGCUUUGGCGUGUGUGCGUGAGAGCUUCAACCCCAGCCUGCCAAAUGCUCCUCUUCGGGGUCUUUUUGCUGACAUCUGCCCUGGUCAGCCAAAGACAGGGAGCCGCCGCCGAAUCGAACCUGAGCAGCAAGUUCCACUUUUCCAGCGCCAAGGAGCAAAACGGAGUGCAAGAGCCUCAACAUGAGAAGAUUAUUACAGUGUCCGCUAAUGGAAGUAUUCACAGCCCUAAAUUCCCAUAUGCUUAUCCUCGCAACACAGUACUGGUGUGGAGAUUAGUAGCAGUUGAGGAGAAUGUGUUGAUACAACUCACUUUUGAUGAAAGAUUUGGGCUUGAGGACCCAGAAGAUGAUAUAUGCAAGUAUGACUUUGUAGAAAUUGAAGAGCCCAGUGAUGGCACUAUUUUAGGGCGAUGGUGUGGUUCUACUACUGUUCCAGGCAAACAGAUUUCCAAAGGAAACCAGAUCAGGAUAAGAUUUGUUUCUGAUGAAUAUUUCCCUUCUGAACCUGGAUUUUGUAUCCAUUAUACUCUUCUCACACCACAUCACACAGAAUCUGCCAGCCCGACAAUGUUGCCACCCUCAGCUUUACCAUUAGACUUGCUAAACAAUGCUGUUGCUGGGUUUAGUACUGUGGAGGAACUUAUCCGGUACCUUGAGCCAGAUAGAUGGCAAUUAGAUUUGGAAGACCUGUACAAACCAACCUUGCAACUCCGAGGAAAAGCAUUUGUUCAUGGGAGAAAAUCAAGAGUGGUAGAUCUGAACCUUCUGAAGGAGGAAGUACGAAUGUACAGUUGUACUCCACGCAACUUCUCAGUGUCUCUACGGGAAGAGCUGAAACGAACAGACACCAUCUUUUGGCCACUUUGUCUGCUGGUUAAACGUUGUGGUGGAAACUGUGCCUGCUGUCAACAUUCUUGUAGUGAGUGCCAGUGUGUCCCCACCAAAGUCACCAAAAAAUAUCAUGAGGUCCUGCAACUGAAGCCCAGAAGUGGUGUUAGAGGAUUGCAUAAAUCUCUAACAGAUGUACCUUUGGAACAUCAUGAAGAGUGUGACUGUGUGUGUAGAGGGAAUACAGAAGGAUAAAAGCAACUAGAUGUGUCUCUUUCUAUUACAGCACAUUCAAACAGUGGCUGAUUCUGUUCUGGGGUUGUGCAUUAGUCUCCUCCUGUAAUCUCAGUUGUUUGUUUUGAGAAUCUUCCAUCUUCGGAAGUGACAGUUCUGGGGGGAGGGGAAAGAAGAAAUUAAACUGGGAUUAUAUCUAUAAUGUAACAGCUCUGUCACCUGAAGACCUACUAAUGGAUGAGCAGAAGGCAUUGAUGAGGAAUUCUUCCCAAUUAUAUAUAGAUAUAUAUCAUCUCUUUCACUCAUCUUGAAUUUAAAAGGAUUAUAAAGUUUAGGAGCAUAGGAAAAGACAGUGUUCAACUGAAGCCUGGACACUUCUGGCUGUCUUGCUUCUACAGUCUAUUACUCCUGACCUACAGUUUGGAACAUCUGGAAUCUCUCUUAACUCUACUCAGAAACUCCUGCAUAUUCUAAAUCAAAAUGUUAAUUGUCUUAAGACGUUUUAUUCUGAAUUAAACUUAAUUUUUCACUGAAAGAGUAGAAAAGAGGAUACCUUGCCAUGGCUUCUUCCAGUAAAUUUCUGUUGCUUAGCAAAGCUGAAUCAUCAGUAUAUGUGAGCAAGGAGAAAAAGAUUGAAACAAAGAGUGGCUUUAAUUCUUCUCACUAUGGCCUGCAAAUAUUUUUGUUUGUUUAUAUUUUUAUUGUGUACAUUUUUAUACUCUCUUUUUGACAGCAUAACUAUUUGCUUUUCUAAUCUUGUUAAAUAUAACUAUUUUUUACCAAAGGUAUUUAAUAUUCUUUUUUAUUACAGCCUAGAUAAACUACUUUUUAGUUUUCUAAGAUUUUGGGGUCAGCAUUUAUAGAAAGGAGGGUACAAGAUAGAAUAGCUCUUUCUCAAAGACAAGGAACAUAAUGGUGCAUUAGCACAUAAAAAGGGAAAUGAGAGGCGAAGAAUAUUAAUUUGAAUAUGCAGUUGUGUGGAAUUAGUUCCAUAAUGCUGGGGAUGAAAAAGUGAUCAUGGUUUCAUUAUAGCUAUCAAAGCCUCAUAUUAGUGCCUGAUCCAGAAAAGGAGGUCUGCGCGCAGAAGCAGGCUUCCGCACGCAUAAGUAAAUAGCACUUGUUGGACCAGGGACCAUUGCCAUAUAUCGGAUAUGCAUUGGAAUGUGCAUCCAGGUACAGAAGUUGUCUAUCAACACUAUUUUGAUUACAACAGGAUAUUGUUGUUGUUUUAAACUGGGCAACCUCUUUCACAUUCUGGUGGGAAGAAAACAACCUUAAAUUCCAUUUUUUAAAACAUGUAACUAGUCCCAAAUCCAAAAGGAAGAGGUCUAGCCUGUCUUACAGCCCAAUCUUAAAUAGGUUUAUUCAGAAUUAAGUUCAAGUUCAGUGGGGCUUACUUCCAAAUAAAUACUUUUUAGGAUGCAGUGCUUGUUCAUGUAAAGGAGCUUGACAAGCGUUAUCACACUUACAUUUCAGUGCCUCCAUAAUGUAUUCAUGAAAAAAAGAUGCACAUAUUUAUUAUUUCAGGUGUAAGGGUUUUUUAUAUUAUUAUUAAUGGUUAUUUCUUCAAGGAUGGUUAUUUCUUCAAGGACAAUGAGCUUCCAAUAUUUUAAUGAUGUAUAGUACAGUUUUGUGAAAUGUGGUUUUGUUUAUGUACAGUCCAUUAUGUAAACCAGUGCAUUUAUCCCAUCCUUUGCCACCUGGAGAAAAAAGCAGUAAAAUAUUUUGCUUGUAAAAUGCUU